AUGCAGGCCGUCGCGUCUGCGAGCCGAGAGAGGUUCACAGCCAGUGCUUCCGAGAAGAGGGGGCCGUUGCAGCGCGCGGGGAGGGGCUCCAGUUGCCCGCCUCGUUUGCCGGCGAGGUCCGUGCGAGCGGCGACGGGGAUGAACCCUCGCGCCUUCGAUUCGGAUGAUGGCGAUGGCACCGAUGGCAAGGCCUUCGGGGGGAACUCCGACGAGUCCGGGGAGUCCGGGGAGGAGGAGGCCCACAUCGUCGACGAGGCUGAGGAGUCAGAGGAGGAGGAGGACGGGCGCGGCGACGACAUCUCUGAUGACCCAUUCGCCGACGAGGAGGACGACGACCGCCCGAUGGCCACGCCGUCGUCGCGGGGGCGCAGGCGCCCCGCCGCUGGCAAGGCCGGCGGCGACGACCAGGGCGCGGGGCCGGCCAGGAGGCGGGCCCGCGACCAUGAUGGGUCGGGCUCCAGGGCGGCGGGUCGCAGGCGAUCGAGCGUUGCGUCGCAGCCGAGGCGCACGCCGCAGAAGACGAUGUCCACGGAGGAGCUGUUCGAUCUGAUCGUCGCUUCCCCUGCGAAGAUGGAGAACCACGCGGAGGUGUUCGACGCGGCGCUGGCGAUCCGGAUGUACGUGCAGAAGGCGCUCGAGGAGGACUUCAAGGUCGACAACAAACCGUGCGACGUGUUUCUGCGGGAGGAGAAGAAACGUUUCGAGGGCCAGGACAUGUGCGACUCGUUGGAGGUGGAGCCGGCCAUACGCCAGGCCAGCGCAGCCCGUGGCACGCUCGAGUCUUUCGCUGAGGACACGAAGAAGUGGAAACACUCCCUUACAUUCUCUGAGCAGCGCCAGGCAUUCGAGAAGCUCGUUGAGUCGUGGGGCGCUGCUCUGGAUGAGCUGGACGGCUGCCGCGAUUGUCUCAAGCGCUGCAGCGAAGACUCCAAGGCCGGUAAGUCCCAGGCCAGGAAAGCAUGGCACGAGAACGAGGCGAAGAUUUCGAAGUGGUUGGAGUCGUCUGGGAACAACAUCCCCGGGAACCUUGCGAAGGUGAUGGGCGAGGUCGUCUACGCCGACGCGCACGACCCAGCGCACGUCGGCAUCGCGGACACGUAUCGGGCCCCGCCCGAGUUCGGCCCGGCAGGCGAGGAUGACACGCGCGACUCCUACUUCAGUGGGCCCAAGACCGUGUUGGCGAAGGAGGUGGGGGGGCAGGACGGCGCGGCACCUUCUCCUUCACCGUGGCACGCUGCGGUGCGCAGCUAUUUCGACACCCACAAGGAGGCCAUCGCCCAGCGGAAGGAGACCCAGGAGGGGAAGCUCAAGAAUGCCCCCGAUCAGGCGGCCAUCGUGGGCACCGUCGACACGAGCAGCUCGAUAUCCCAGCUUGGUGGGGCGGACGACGGGGCCAAGAAGUGGUUCGAGGACUUGACGUUCACGAGGGAGGUCGUGGUCAGCACGCGGUGCAUGUUCUUGGACCUCACUGUGCGCGGCAACUUCCUCAGGGGGCACUCCCAGUGGAUCAAGAUAUGGCAUGGUUCGGUCGCGUGCUUCCUGGUCUCCCCCGAGCAGUUCGAGAAGAACAACGACUUGCAGGCGUGGCUUGCGGGUUGCGACCUGGACGACCUCAAGGGGAACAUGGCGAUGAUUCUCAGGGCAGGCUCGGCCAUCUUCGUGCCGACAGGGUGGUCCAUGAUCUACGUCGGGCUCCCCACAGACGUGGACUUGCGCGCUGCUGUGCCGAAGCUCGCGCCCCGGGGGAGGCAGGCGCAGUCAAAGGGCCCUCCGAAGGAUCCGCGGCUGCAUGAGGAAACGGUCACAGUCGGCUUCACGCCGAUCUAUGACGAUGGUUCCCUCGCCGGCGUGUCCAACGGCACCAAGGUACUCUUGGCGUCGAAUCUCGCCCUCGCCGAGGCGGCGUUGCCGCAGCAGCUUGCCGCUGACAGCACGCUGUCUCAGUGGAAGCAGCAGCUCUCGUCCUAG